GGAACGCGCAGGCGGUUUUGAACGCCCCCCUGGUUCUCAUUGUGCAGCCGAGGAAACAUCGGAAGGUUUCGACGACGUUGGUAUGAAAUGGCAGAAACUGCCUGGGUCGCGGAAGCACUGAGACGAGAUUGCGUAGAAGCUACACAUGUAUCUUGCGGCGUUCCCAGCCUGCUAGUGUGACGGAAACGGGAGUGUAACCGGAGGGAAGAAAGGGAUUAAAGCGCUCUUUUCCUUCUAAACACCGUCCAGGUUGUGUCUCCGGCAGCAGGCAGCGAGUGGCGACUGCGGGGUCGACACUGUUGGAAUUAACCAGAGAGGGGUCUUGAGAGGCGAGCUCCACUUGGAUGCCCAGUCACCGCUUUUGUCCAAGGCUUCACCAUGAACCGAAACAAGCGUGAAAGGGAGUACUACAGUAUAGAUGUGGGCGAUUCAACUUUUACAGUUUUAAAGCGCUACCAGAACCUAAGACCCAUUGGAUCCGGAGCACAGGGAAUUGUUUGUUCGGCGUACGACCACAACUUGGAGAGGAACGUUGCCAUCAAGAAGUUGAGCCGACCCUUUCAGAAUCAAACUCACGCAAAACGGGCCUACAGGGAACUGGUGCUAAUGAAAUGUGUCAACCACAAGAAUAUUAUUGGGCUGUUAAAUGUAUUCACACCACAGAAGACACUGGAGGAAUUCCAAGAUGUGUAUCUAGUAAUGGAACUGAUGGAUGCUAACCUCUGUCAGGUGAUUCAGAUGGAGCUGGACCACGAGAGGCUGUCCUACCUGCUCUACCAGAUGUUGUGUGGAAUCAAACAUCUGCACGCUGCAGGGAUCAUACACAGGGACCUGAAACCCAGCAACAUCGUGGUAAAGUCCGACUGCACACUGAAGAUUCUGGAUUUCGGUUUAGCCCGGACGGCCGCCACUGGUCUCCUCAUGACGCCCUACGUGGUGACACGUUACUACCGCGCCCCUGAAGUGAUCCUGGGAAUGGGCUACCAGGCCAACGUGGAUAUUUGGGCUGUGGGCUGCAUUAUGGCAGAAAUGGUUCGCCACAAAAUCCUUUUUCCAGGAAGGGAUUAUAUUGACCAGUGGAACAAGGUGAUCGAGCAGCUGGGGACGCCAUCUCAGGAGUUCCUGAUGAAGCUCAACCAGUCCGUGAGGACCUAUGUGGAGAACCGGCCACGGUACGCUGGCUACAGCUUCGAGAAGCUUUUCCCUGAUGUCCUGUUUCCUGCAAACUCUGAGCACAAUAAACUGAAAGCGAGCCAAGCCCGUGACCUCCUAUCAAAGAUGCUGGUAAUAGAUGCAUCAAAGCGGAUCUCAGUGGAUGAGGCUCUCCAGCACCCCUAUAUCAACGUGUGGUACGACCCAACUGAGGUGGAGGCACCACCACCGGUGAUCACAGACAAGCAGCUGGAUGAGCGGGAGCACACAGUGGAGGAAUGGAAAGAGUUGAUAUAUAAAGAAGUCCUAGACUGGGAAGAAAGGACAAAGAAUGGCGUCAUCAGGGGACAGCCGGCGUCCAUAGGUGCAGCAGUGAGCAGCAGCCCCCAGCAGCACCACCAGCACCAUCCCUCCACUUCUUCCUCCACCUCCGCCAACGAUGUCUCCUCAAUGUCCACCGACCCAACCCUGACCGACACCGACAGCAGCCUGGAGACAGUCGGCCCCGCCGCCGCCGCUGCUGCUGCUGCUACGGCCUCCGGCCCCAUGGGCUGCUGCAGAUGACUAUCGCCUACACCUGGUUCUGGGCUGGGCCACACCACCUGGUCACAUCCAAGACCACCAGCCCGACAUCGGCCCCCCGACCCACCCGCUGUGUUUGCCUCCCCUCCGUGCUCGUCUUCAGUAGUGUAGCUUUAACUAGCUAGCUGUUUGAAACAUUUCUGAAAGGACAGAUCUUUUUCUUUUUUAAUGAAAGCUGUAGUCUUUUUUAAAAAAAAAACAUAAUUAGGAUUUCUUUUCAUUUGAGUCCUAGCUGUAAUUUAUUGUGGCAUUUCUUAAUUUUUUCAGAAACCUGAGAUGAUCAGAGAAUUUUUAUCAUUUCACUAUAUUCCGGUUUGUAUGAGCCAACAGUGAAAAUUUAAAGAAAUAUCUGUAAAAUGUUUCAAUGUGAUUUUUUUUUCCCACUUGUUAAGCUACUGCUUUUACAAUUUGCCAUAUACAUGUAGAUUGAGUUUGUACAGAUUUUAUUGUAGAUGUAGUUUUAUUCUUCGAUACAAGUUUGCAGUGAGCCAUUGAAAACCUAAUUUAAUUGACAAACUUUGUCUUAGUUCUCCCCCCGUUUCUAUUCUCUCUCCCAUAAUGUGGAUAUUAGAUCAUAUGUAUAUCCUUUUAUUUGAACUCUUUUGAAUCACUACUACAUUCAUUGUAAAUUUUAACUUUAACGAAAGCUUUAUAAUCAACAUAUUUUUCCCAUCAUUUAAAAAAUGCUGACAUUUUCUCCCCAUGUGAUUGAUUUUUGUUUUUUUGUUUUUUUUUACCUUCUACUCUUACUACAGGAUUGGUAAUGGCACAGUUAGGUCCUGGAGGAUAUCCUCUCAAUGACUGUCUUCUGUAUUAUUUUUAAGUGCUUUUAAAGUACCUCUUAUCUGCAGCCGGCUGUGCAACACGUUGGACGUGGAUAUGCGGAAUAGUUUCAGUAUCAAUUCGGGACUUCAGAAUGUUCUUCAUCGUGCUUCGGGAGGUUUUUGUAAGACGUAGAGUAGUUUCAAGUUGGCGAUGGCGUAAGUGGAAUGUGUUUCGGUCAAGUAGGGCGACGUGAUAUUCGAGAACGCAUGCGAACGUGUUGAUAUUUGGCAUCUCGGAGCGACAGCGGUUAGGUGUAAAAGGUGUGUGCCUCCUUACUCCCAGAUCCCCUUAUAGUUAUGCGUUUUUGUUUUCAAUUUUCGUAAAAAUCAGCGAACACUUUGCGAACUAGACUUGCCUGCAACUAUGGAUCAAACUAACUAUAUCUAUAUAUAAACUAGCAGCACAAAAACCAGAGUCAAAAGAAACAAAUUUUUUCUUACUGUAUGCAAUAAUAGCGUCCUGUUUUGAGUGUAUAUGAUUUUUGUGUUGAAAGGAAAAGUGCCUGUUUGUCAUUCAUUCCUGAGUGCGUGUAGGAGGGAGCGUUUUAUCCGUCAGCUUCUGGAUAACAACAGUAGUUUCCAUGUCAGAGCGGUGACGUGCGAGGGGAGGUCGUAGUUCUCACGAGCGUGUUGUGUAUAUUUUUCUACUUGUUUUGGUUUUGGACUGUUGAGCAAGAGACUGCGGUGUCUUGCAGGAGAGGGUGGUGGUGACGUAUGCAUUGAGGUGCUUAUGCAUUUGUUGGAGUCAUUUCAGAAGAAGAGGCAGUUUUACCAAGGUCUUUCAUCAAAGUAAAAAGAAGUGUUUCUUUGCAGUGACAGCAACCAACAUAUAGAAUAAUGACAAUUUUUAUACAUGUAAUUUUCUUUAAGUAGUUCAUUUAAUUUGUUGACUGAUGGACAGAAAGAGGAAGUGCUGGAUCAAGCUAUAUGAGCAAACUCUGCAACUGAAUUCAUGUUAGUAUUUUAAAAAGCUUUAGAUAAAGUUUAAUAUUGGAACGGCAGAUUGACACUAUAGUAGAAAAAAGGCAGAGCCAUGCAGCCACAGCCAUAGCGCACAUAACACUUGUGGUAUUAACUGAAAGAAAUGUCCUUGCCAUGUUGAAUGAGCUAGCCAUAUUAGCUUAUUUCCUGCGGCAAAUCUGCCUGCCUACAAAUGUUUGCAUAAUAUGUGAUGCGCUCUCACGUGGUUCGUGGAUGCUGACAGCAGAGGAGCAAAUGCUACAGUGCUAGGAUUGUCAAAUUGUGAAAGACAACACCGUCUGCAUCCUGUUGUUUUGGUGGUGACGUUAUCUUUAGACUGUAGCAUACGCUGUAACUCCACUCAGGCAACUUGUCUGCCAGAUAUUUAACCAUUUAUUAACGGCAUGAUUUCUCAAAUAUUAAAAUUAUCUGUAGUAAGAUUAAUGUAAACGCCUAAUAUUGCACCAGUUUGUGAUGGCUAAUGCUCGCUAAUAGAGUCCCAAGCUAACCAUAUUACAUAAGCCAACUAGCUGUCCAAAAGCCUAUCUGAUCCAAACUUAUCAGAUCAACAGACAAACAUAAAACAGAUUUUUAUUCAGUACAGAUUUUCCCAAAGGGUGGCAUGUUUUCUUUCCUGAGCUAGCAUGUAAUUUAUUAGCGAAACAACUGUAUGUUUGGGUUGUUUUUUUUUAAUACACAUGUUAUGUUACUAGCUUUGCUGGUGUCAUUUAGCUACACAGCCAAUAGUAUUUCAUAUAUCAGUAGACAAACAUGGCUAUCACUUAGCUGCACAGUUGUUAAUAUUUUACAUUACAAAGCAAAAGCUGGCUCUAUCAGUGAGCUACAGGACAGUUA